GCUGGCCUUCUAUAUGUGCAAUUCUAUUUGAGAUGGACUAUCUAGCUCACUCCCAAAUCCCUGAACCCUCUGACCAUCAUCUUCUUUCAAUACAAAAACGAAUUUCUGAUAAUUAAUUAUCAUCACUUAUACAUAUAAUUUAACAUUUUCCCUUUUAUCCCAAAAGGGUUUUUCUUUCCUUUUUUUUCCAUAGUGAUCUGACCAGGGCAAAACAGCAUAUAUAAAUGCUAUCUGCUCAUUGGUCAUUUUUUAAUUUUUUAAAUAAAAUUCUUCUUCUUAAUCGUAAGUUGAAUUAAAUAUACUAUCACACUAAGUUUUAUUCUAACCUUAACCUUUAUGAUAUACCAUCUUUAAUAGUAUUGCCCUAUGGCAAAGUGAGGUGCUACUCAAUCAUGAUCAUAAGGAAACAUGGUUUCGGAUGCAGUUAUAUGGUGACUUGCUGGAUUCUGCAUUUCUUUUUGAUAAAAACUAUAACAUCAAACGAUCUGAAUGUCACGCCUCCACAACCAAGUAUCUAAAGAAGAUGAAGAAGAUUGAUGACACGGAAAAAGACUGCAAAGUAGAUUUAAUCUUGUUUAAUCAUGGCUACGGAGACAUGUUCACGUGCGAGGAUAAGUGCGAAAGCGCUUUUCCAGGUGCCGUACAGAAUGAUUUUGAAAAAGGCAACAAGCUCAGAGAAAAGUGACUAUUACAGUGACUCACAAAAGUGUGGCAAUGUUUUAUGAUUUUUGGCUUUCCUUAAUGCACAACAUAAAUGAAUAAAG